AUGUUCGGUCUCGAGGUGAUAACGAUUGCAGCCUUAUCUGGCGUUGCUCUGGCUGCUCCCCAGAAUAUUCAGUAUCAUGAGACCUCUGACAAUUCGUGGAAAAGUCGAAUCAAGAAUGUUGUCGUUCUCGUCGAAGAGAAUAGAUCGUUUGAUACCUUCGCGGGUGGUCUUAGCUACAACUCAGCUAUUGAUGGAUUAUUGCACCACAAUUAUUGCAAUUCUAUGAAUGCGUCAAAUCCUGGGCAAAAGGCCGAUGUGUGUGCUGGGCCUCGUGCCAAUGAUGUUGCAGCGGACGAUCCAAACCACAGUAUAAGUGGUGUUAACAUGCAACUCUUCACAACAUAUCAUCCAUCUGGAUCACAAUCCGAAAGCAUGCGUGGUUUUGUGACAGAACAAUCCAUCACCUACAGCACCUUGAACAAGACCCGUGCCGCUGAAGCCAUCAACUACUACACCCCUGAUCAGGUUAAAGUCUUCAACACCAUGGCCGAAAACUUCGUUCUUUUUGACCGCUGGUUCGCUUCUGUCCCAGGUCCUACCAAUCCCAAUCGUGCCUACAUCACGAGUGGAACAUCGCAUGGACACGGCAAAAAUGACAACGCUUUCAACGUUUACGGUAUUCCCGUAAAAUCCAUCUUCGAACAACUUUCCGAGAACGACAUCACCUGGAUGAACUACCAGAACUCCACCCUCGGACCUGGUCUCGGUUUCAACCCAGAUGCUGCAUUCUACAACUGGACCCUUAGCUCUGGAGCAUAUGAAACCAAUAUUGCCCCUUUGACAAAAUUCUACGAGGAUGCGGCUGCAGGCACACUGCCCCAAUUCACAUAUAUCAACCCAGAGUGCUGCUCUUAUCAGUCAUACCACCCCCCAUCACCCAUCAGCUCCGGCGAAAGCUUCAUCAAAGGAAUUUAUGAAGCUAUCCGAUCAUCCCCACAAUGGAACGAAACCCUCUUUAUCCUCACGUUUGACGAGCACGGCGCACCCGAUGGAAAAAACAUGACAUUUGAUUUCAAACGCUUGGGUGUCCGCGUUCCAACGCUUUUAAUCAGUCCGUGGGUUGGCAAGGGGGUGGUGGAGAACAAGGGAAAGAACAAGGGAGGCGAGUACACGCAUACGAGUAUUAUUGGAUUUUUGGAUGAGCUUUGGGGAUUGGAUCCAUUGACUCCAAGAGUUAGCUGGAGUAGUACCUUUGAGGGAUUGAUUACGAAUAAGUUGAGGACGGAUACACCAGUCACUCUACCGGAUCCUUUGGCUUAG